CGCGCACGUUGUCGCCUGACCAUCCACCGGAAUUCCAGCAGACAAAGUAGCUGUCAAAGAGUGCUCCAGGAAAGCCUUAUCACCCUGAUAAGGGCUUUUCUUAGUGAAAUCUCCGGGAAUCUCGACAUCCAGCAAUGCUAAACAAUGAAAAUCUUGCCGCCAAUCUCUGUGGAUUGCUGGCCCAGCAAGGAAACCGAGAUUCUGCGGUUGAGUGGAAAAUUUUGGGUCAGGAGAGAGAUGGAUCUCUCCUGGUAAACUGGAUGUCAAAGAAGGAUGAUGGCACAAAGAGUCACAUUGGAAUAUUUGAUCCCAAUAGCAAGACUUUUGAGAUCUUGAGCACUUUUCUGGAGCCGAAGAAUGUGAUUCAGGCGAGUGUGAACAGCUCCCGGACACUUCUGGUGUAUGUGCUGAAGGAGGAGUCUCCGGAGCCAGUCAGGUAUGUGCCAUAUCUUGUUGAGAUUAAUGAUGCCAAAGAGAAGAAGCCGUUUGGAUUGUUGGCCAUGGAGAGGAGCAAGCAAGUGAUGGUUCAGUUCCUGUGGAAGAAGAGAGACAACUUCGAUAAGACAUACAGGGAUAAAUUUCUAGUCAUGAUCCAUGAGGAAUGUGUACUUCUGUACACAGCCUCAAUCAAGAAAAUUUUCUCAGCCGAAGACGAUGGACACUCAACGGCUUCUCUUAGGAUCGAUUUCAAGCAUGAUCAGUGGUUCUGUGAUACCAAGGAGCUAGGGACUGAGUCUAUUGUGAGGAAUUUCACAUGGUGUCAGUGGGAUCCAGAAGUACAGAGUCUCUACUACAUUCAUUAUAAACCAUUGACUAGGAAUACCCUUGAGAAGGAUGAAGAGAAGGAAGAUCUCAGUCCAACUCUCAGUGCUUUUCAGUUCCAUGAUGACCUUCCCAUGGAGACUGUCUUGAACAUUCCACUGAAUCUUCCCAAGCUCCCACUGACAGAACCAGGAACGAAGGUGAUUUACGAGGAUGACACCAUCCCAUUGAGGAUUCAUGAUUCCUCCCUGAACCUGGUGAUUGUGUCCAAUGAGAUUGGGAUGCUCUUCGUCUGCCACUACUACCUCUACAUGCCCGUGAAGCCUCCUGAGGAAUCUGGAAAGAUGGAAUCUGUCCACUUUGCCUAUUCAGUGACUAUCCUGCAUCAUGGAUGCGUCAUCCACUGCGUUGUCCCCGGGAUCAGCUGGGAGAAGGCUAAACUGAUGAAGCCCACAUUUGCCCUCCAUGGAGAUCAUCAUUUACUGGUCUUCCAAGCUGAUCUCUUUGCCCAUCUCCUGGACAUUGGUCUAUCCCAUGAACCCUGUUGCCAUAUCGUUUGUCCCUCCCCAGUCCCAAUUCCCGUCACUCAUCUCGUUCCCUGCGUCAAAUGGGGCUCUCUGACUUUUGACUCUGCCACUCUCAACUUGGUCUCGAUGAGUGUCUCUAAAUCCCAUCUCAUCGAGACAUUUAAAGCUGACACUUCCCUGGACAAUCGCCUCAGCAUCCUGCAUUACUUCACUGUUCAUUCUGCAGAUAUGGAAGUCGUAGCUGAACUCAUAGGUAUCCUCAUGGAACACCCCAUGAGCCUGGAUAUUGUAUCGUUGAUGAAGGAGGUCCUCAUAGGAGGGACUUAUGCUUCUGUCAAGAAGGGACUUCCUCCGGAAGCCGCAGCUCUUAUCAGAUACCUUCCCUUGACAAUGUCCAAUCCCCUGAAGCCUAUCCAGGCUAAAGUCAAUGAUCUCUCCGUGGGUAUUUCCCACGAGACUCUCUACAACACCAACAUGAUGCUCCUGUCCUCGCAACAGAGACUCUCCCCCUACCGAACCGAUAUCUGGACAUGCCUCUGGGACAGGCUCAAUGAGAACAAGGAACCUGUGAGAUUCACUCCUGAGCAGGUUGUUGAGAAACUCAUGUUCUCCUUGGCUUGCUAUCAACCUGAGACUCUCUCCCGCUGUACAACUCCAAUGAGUCCAGUAGGACCCAAGAUUGGGGCAACGGAUGUUUUUUCCUUAUCCCAUAGGAGUCAGUCUACGGAUUUGCCUUUCGUGGAGCUGGAAGAGUGCACAGCCAGCAAACAGGAGCACGUUAUAUCUGUGAACCUGAGAGAGCUGAGUGUUCACCUGGCCAAGUACACUGCUAAGCAGAAUGUUGGCUUCCGGUGGUUGAAGAAUUCCUACGAUCAGGCUCCCACUUACGUUCAUACCGUGGCUUCAAUGUACGCAGCGGCUCAGUAUGAAAUGUCCAAGGUCCUCUGUGGAUUUGUUUGCCGUUUUGCAGGUGUUGAUCCUCAUAUGGAGACCCUCAAGGGAUUCCCUUUGAUUGAUUCUCUGUCAUCUACUCGUCAAUAUGCCCUGUACUCCUCCUUGGAGAGAUUCUGCUUGUCCGCUCAGUCUCUAGCCUAUCCUCUGCCUCAGGGAUUCUCCUCUUUCUUUGCCUAUUUGGGCUACAGGACCCUGUCCUAUGACAUGUUCCUGCAGUAUGUCCAGAGGCAUGUCUUUGAAUUGCAAAUUGAUGUUAUGAAGGCAAUUCUGUCAGACAUGGGAGAUUCUUCUGAAGGUCUGAGGCGGAAGCUCAAUCUUCUGUCGAUGCUUCCGAGAUCCAGGGCUAGGAGACUCUUGAAUAAGUGGACUCACACCACGAGCUUGCAAAUCCGGGCUCGGGAUCAUGCAACAAAUAUUCUCUGUGGUGUUCCUGUGUACCCAAGAGGAUCCCAUGGGCAACUGAAGCAGAAUGUAAGGCAUGGGGGCAUCUAUCCAGAUGACCAGGAGACAAUAGGUCCCCUCGACACGUUUCUUGAUCUUCUCACGGCUAAAGCGAAUCUGAAUGAGAUUGACUUCAAUCUCCUCAUUGAUGCCACAAUCAGUUCGCUGGAGAAGUAAUUCCUCCUUUGUCUCUGGCCAGAACUUUCUCACGCUUCCCGCGCAGCACAAUUGAGCGUGUCAACCUUGGCCGUGUGGCUGCAGAAUUUAUUUAAAUAAUCCAACAGAUGAGUGUCGCUUAAUUGCAUAAUUAUCGAUGAUGUACCCAAAACGAGAUUUAUUAACCAACCAUUUUUUUUGUUGAUCCCCAACUCUCAGUUUUUUGCUCUGCAAAGGCACCUUUUGAAUUAUGAACACUUGAAGCUGAGAAUAAGAGAUUUUUUAAAUUGAAUAA